CUCUCUCAUCUCUCUUCACUACACUCAUGUCCAACAAAGACUACUACGGCGGCGGCGGCCAGCAGCAGUACUACCCCCCGCAGGGACCUCCCCCUGGCCAGCAGGGCGGCUACUACCCUCAGCAGCCCCAGCAGGCGUACCAGGGUGGCUACCAGCAGCCAUACGGCGGACAGCAGCAGUACGGCCAGCCCUACCAGCCCCAGCCACCCCCUCAGACGGUAUAUGUCCAGCAGCAAGACAAGGGCGGAGGAGGCGGAUGCAUGGCCUGCCUAGCGGGAAUGUGUUUGUGUUGCUGCGCCGAAGAGCUCUGCUGUGACUGCUUGUUCUGAGCGUGGACGUCGUACGACUUGCGCUGCUGGCCCGGUGUUGCUACGACCGAUAUCCCCCUGCCCCCUCUGUAUGUUUCCUGUAAACUAGGACACUUUCCUAUCUCUACGGUUUUUUCUGGACACAUCGGACUGCUU